AUGAAUAGAUUUACUAUAAUAACUGAACGAAAGUUGAAGAAAGUCUCAGCGAAAACAAGUGAAAAGAAAAAUAAGCAAAAAAGGAAUUUAGGCCAAAAUUUGCAAAAUUCAAAACAAUGUUUAACGAGAUCAGAUAAAAAACAAUUCACAAUAGAUGAUUUGCCACUUUUAAUUUUGGCUUAUGUUGUUUCAUUCUUGAAUAGAACGGACCAAAGCAGUUUUAUGCAAGCGUGCAAACUUGGCAAAAAGGCGACUCAAAUUUAUUGGCAUUCACUGAAAUCGAUCAGCAUAAAACAAUUGCUGAAACAUACAUUUGAACGUAUUAAUCCUCACAGUUUAACUUCAUUACAUACAACGCGUCAUGAACUCACUUAUAUCUUAACAAUGAUUCCUACUCGAACCAUAUGUUCACUCGAUUUUCGAUUUAUCGUCGCUAUACAUAUAUCUACACUUCAACAUUUCGAGAAAUUUUUUGAAAAAACACCGUAUGAUUUAUUUGGUUCGGUGAAAUUGCUCGACCUGAGAGGAUGCAUGAUAAGUCAUGCAGAAUUGGAAUGGUUUUCUCGAGCUUGUCCUUUUUUGUCGUUUUUAUACAUUACAGAAUUAUCAGUAACACAUGAAAACAGAUACUGA